GAGAGGGAGGGUUUUGGGUCGCUUGAACUAUUUAAUCCCCGCCUCCGCUGCGUCUUCGCAAUCAUCUUCGGCGACUCCGAACUUUGCGAAGCGCAGGGAAGAAGAGAUUUGAGAGAGGGAGGAAGAGCAAGCGGGAAAUCUUGGACUCGUCUCGCGCUCCUUGUGCGGAUUUUUUUGUGGAAAAGAAGAUGAAAUAUGUGCUGGUGACCGGGGGAGUCGUGAGUGGAUUGGGGAAAGGGGUGACGGCGAGUAGUAUUGGGGUCCUCCUCAAGGCAUGCGGCCUCCGCGUUACCUUAAUAAAGAUCGAUCCCUACUUAAACACCGAUGCUGGAACUAUGUCUCCGUUUGAGCAUGGGGAAGUGUUUGUCUUAGAUGAUGGUGGCGAGGUUGAUUUGGAUCUUGGAAAUUAUGAAAGGUUCGUUGAUAUCAUAUUAACUCGUGAUAAUAAUAUCACAACUGGGAAGAUUUAUCAGUCUGUGAUUGAUAAGGAAAGGAGGGGUGACUAUCUAGGAAAAACAGUCCAGGUUGUUCCACACAUUACAGAUGCCAUACAAGAGUGGAUUGAACGAGUAGCUAUGGUACCUGUGGAUGGCAAAGAAGGACCAGCUGAUGUUUGUGUCAUAGAGCUAGGUGGCACUAUAGGUGAUAUUGAAUCAAUGCCAUUUGUUGAAGCUUUGGGCCAGUUUUCUUACCGUGUUGGUCCUGGUAAUUUCUGUCUGGUUCAUGUCAGCCUUGUACCAGUAUUAAACGUAGUUGGUGAGCAGAAAACUAAGCCAACCCAGCAUAGUGUUCGUGGUCUAAGAGGACUUGGAUUGACACCAAAUAUUCUUGCUUGCCGCAGUGUAAAGCCAUUGGAGGGAAAUGUUAAAGAAAAACUUUCACAAUUCUGUCAUGUCCCGGUAUCAAAUAUUGUCACCCUUCAUGAUGUUUCUAAUAUUUGGCACAUUCCUUUACUAUUAAAGAAGCAAAAGGCACAUGAAGCUCUCAUAGAAGUUUUGCAACUUAAAGGAUUUGCUAAGGAGCCUCAGUUGGAUGAAUGGACAAGAAGAGCAAAUAUCUGCGACACUCUGCAGGAUCCUGUCAGAAUUGUGAUGGUCGGAAAAUAUACUGGGCUUUCUGAUUCUUACCUCUCUGUCUUGAAGGCACUUUUGCAUGCUUCUGUUGCAUGCCACAAGAAAUUGAUUGUUGAUUGGGUAGCAUCCACUGACCUUGAAGAAACUAUGGAAAAAGAGGAACCUGAACUUCAUAAAAAAGCAUGGGAUCUAUUGAAGGCAGCUGAUGGCAUUCUAGUUCCCGGAGGCUUUGGAGACAGAGGCGUGCAAGGAAAAAUACUUGCUGCUAAAUAUGCCCGUGAAAACAAAGUGCCUUACCUUGGCCUUUGUCUUGGCAUGCAAAUUGCUGUGAUUGAAUUUGCUCGUUCUGUCCUGAAGUUACCCCAUGCAAACAGUACAGAGUUUGUCCCUGAUGCAAAGACACCAUGCAUUAUCUUCAUGCCUGAGGGCUCAAAAACUCAUAUGGGAGGUACAAUGAGGCUUGGAUCUAGGAGAACACAUUUUGUGACCACCAACUGUAAAGCUGCAAGGCUGUAUGGCAAUGCCAAUUUUAUUGAUGAACGGCACCGACACAGAUACGAGGUAAACCCAGAUAUGGUCCCAGAAUUUGAGAAGGCUGGGCUUACUUUUGUUGGUAAAGAUGAAACUGGAAAGCGAAUGGAGAUUAUUGAGUUACCUGAUCAUCCGUAUUUUAUUGGAGUGCAAUUUCAUCCAGAAUUCAAAUCUAGACCUGGAAACCCAUCUGCCCUUUUCUUAGGACUAAUCGCUGCUUCGUGCGGGCAGCUUGGUUCAUUGCUAAGAACUGUUUGUUCCGAAAACACAACUCCAAGAUGCCAUUUAACUGAUGGUCCCAUGACACCAGGACCUUACCGGCAUGGGAAUUUGAAGGAACAUAGCAAUGGCCUAGCAAAUGGAAACUACCAUGCGGAUGACAAUGGCCAGCACGAGUGAAUCUUGGGCCAAUUAACAUAUGAGAGGCCAAUUAACAUAUGAUGCUUUGGCAGCCAAUGAGUGUGGUUUUGCCAUUUUGGCCACUCAAGUUUUCUUUCAUCUCGAAACUACUCCACAGCCAGUCGAGGAAGGAGAAGUUUCCCAACAGAAGGACCGUGGGAGAGGCAUGGUGUUGUUCCAAGAUUUUAGUAGGGAGCAACCUUUUCUUGUUGCAUUGAGGUUUUGCAUCCUGCAGGUCUUUAUAGUAUGUGUUUCUGUUUUAUGGUGCAUUUUCGCUGGGAGAUUAAUCUAGUUGGAGUGAAAUGAGUAGAAAAAGAAAAUGCAAAAGAUAUGUAAGUUAUAUUUUUUUAUCUGAACAAAACCAAGUUUUGGCGAUGUAAGAACUCAUUAAAUAUCGUUGUCUAACUGUGGUUAGCUUUUAAUUUCCAGCGGCUUCACUGCUC